GCACUUGGGCAUUGACUCAGAUGGAAUCCUCUGUGGGCCGACCAUCUAGGAGCUGCGGGGAUAUAGUCAGAUUUCCCGAGUGAAGCCGAGGUCUGUCUCCACUGGUCUGUGGAGACAGACUGCCCUGCUGAGGCAGGUGCUGGGAUGCCAAGUCCUGGUAACUUGACUGUACAGAUGACAUCAGGUCAGGGGAUCUCAUGGUCCAGUGGCCGCUGCCCUCACACCUCACCCCAGGAGGAAGACAUCUGCUUAUCAUAAGGAAUCACCUUUCCUCCACUACUUUUUAGUCCCAUGAGCAUCCCAGACCCACAAUGUCCCCUCCCCACCUUCCCUCAGCUGGUUGGAAUGGCUGGUGUCUUGUCUCCAUUCACUGCAAGGGAGGGGUGCACCCCGGGAAGCAGAGAGUCAAGAGGGAGGGAAGAGACAAGCAUCCCCUGGGGAACAGGCUGCGUCAAGGUGCUGUGGCCAGCAGGGCUCCUUCGACGGCUUCAUGGAUUCUCCAGUCUUGAGGGCAGAGGGACCAGAGCCUGGGAGAAAGCCCUAUGACCACAGAUGAGCCCUGCUGGUCUUGAAGCCCAUAAGAGAGGGUGUGUUCUCAUUUGCUCAUUGAAGCUCUCCAGUGAAGGACAGAAGGGUGAGGAGGUGCAGAAGUGGAGCGUCCAGUGUCUGGGGAGUGGAAGAGAGCCAGACCCCCCCCACCACACACAUAUACACCCAGGCUGAACUUUUCCUACAAUCCAGUUGUUCAGUUAUAAAUGGGAGGGGGGGUGUUUUUGUUUGUUUGUUUUUGAAACAGUGUCUCAGUAGUUUUCCCGGCUGGUCUUGGCCUCAGUUCUCUUGCCCCAGUCUCCCCAAGAGCUGGGAUUACAGGCGUGAAGGUGGAGGGCUGCUUGCUGAGGGCGCACCUGUGGGCAUAGUCGUGGCGUGUUUUUCAUGCCCUGGCCUCGUUGUGAGUGCGGUCUUAGGUUUGGGCUAGAAUCACGGGAGAAGAUACAAGCUCUGCCAGAGAAUGCUGAGUCCACUCAAGGGGGUCUUCUAUGGGACGUCCAGGAGGGGUGGCAUGGAGACAUCGUGGGGUGAACAGGCAGGGACAGGCCUCCUUGGAGCCAGCCGCGGAGCCUCGCUCCCGCACUGGUGUAGGGUGAACUCAGGCCAGGCGCCCGCGCGUCCUCUCAUUCGCCCACCUUGCAGCUCGGCCUACGACGCGCGGUUGCGCCAGAAGGUGGCUGUGAAGAAGCUGUCUCGCCCUUUCCAAUCGCUGAUCCAUGCGAGGAGGACGUACCGUGAGCUGCGCCUACUCAAACACCUGAAGCAUGAGAACGUGAGAGGGCAGGCCAGUGGUGUAGGGACCGAACAACGGACGCCGCCUGGUCAUAGGGCUUCUGGACGUCUUCACGCCCGCCACCUCCAUUGAGGAUUUCAGCGAAGUGUACCUGGUGACCACCCUGAUGGGCGCCGACCUGAAUAACAUCGUCAAGUGUCAGGCACUGAGCGAUGAGCAUGUUCAGUUCCUGGUCUACCAGCUGCUGCGUGGGCUGAAGUAUAUCCACUCGGCAGGCAUCAUCCACCGGGACCUGAAGCCCAGCAAUGUAGCAGUGAAUGAGGACUGCGAGCUGAGGAUCCUGGACUUCGGGCUGGCGCGCCAGGCUGAUGAGGAGAUGACUGGAUACGUGGCCACACGGUGGUACCGGGCACCAGAGAUCAUGCUGAACUGGAUGCACUACAACCAGACAGUGGACAUCUGGUCUGUGGGCUGCAUCAUGGCUGAGCUGUUGCAAGGAAAGGCCCUCUUCCCUGGGAACGACUACAUCGACCAGCUGAAGCGAAUCAUGGAGGUGGUGGGCACACCCAGCCCUGAGGUUCUGGCAAAGAUAUCCUCGGAGCACGCCCGGACAUAUAUCCAGUCUCUGCCCCCCAUGCCCCAGAAGGACCUCAGCAGUGUCUUCCAUGGAGCCAACCCUCUGGCCAUAGACCUCCUUGGAAGAAUGCUGGUGCUAGACAGUGACCAAAGGGUCAGUGCAGCGGAAGCCUUGGCCCAUGCAUACUUUAGCCAGUAUCAUGACCCUGACGACGAGCCAGAGGCCGAGCCUUAUGAUGAAAGUGUCGAGGCCAAGGAGCGCACACUGGAGGAGUGGAAGGAGCUUACUUACCAAGAAGUCCUUAGCUUCAAGCCCCUGGAGCCAUCCCAGCUACCCGGCAACCAUGAGAUUGAGCAGUGAGGCAUGGCCUGAGGGGAGGCCUGAGCCUGUCCCCUUUCUUCCAGCUUUCCAGUCUUCCUCAAGAGGUGCCUCUCAGGCAGCCCUGCCACCUAACCUGGGACCCCUUUGCCUUGAGAGGACUCUACACACACACACACACACACACACACACACGAAUGCACGGAUGUGUACCUAUGCCCACCAUUAUGUGUCUGGAGUCUGAGCAGUAGUGUUUCUGGACCUGGCUUGGUCCACCCAGAUUCUCCUGGGGACCUCAGUGUGUGGCAUCUGAGUCUGUCCCUGUCCCCGCCCAGAUCUCUUCUGUUCUUGAGGACUAUCUGGAUUAGGAGGAAGGCAAAUGGGCCAGGGUCCCUGGAGUGUCUGAGGGAGGGACACUCACUGUAGAUGGAGCUGCUCAACCUGGAAAUGAAGGGCUGAAAGCUGAGGCAGGGCCAGUGCCCCACCCAACCGAGUAGAGUCUCCUGGGGGAUGGCGAGGCAGAGACCACUGCCAGAUGUCUAAUCAGAAAAGCCUGCUGCAGCUUUGCCUGAGAUAUGUGGGCAAAUGGGCGUGAGUGCGCACUCACGGUGUACACCUCAGAGCACAGGCAGAUGUGCUGGUGUGUAUGAGUCUGUGAGUCAGCAGCCAUUUCUGGCAUGGCACCCAAGCUGGAGGCACUCUUCUCUCCCCGCUCCCAGCUGUGAACUAGCCUAAAGGCUCUGAGAGGUGCCAGGAGUUUUUGCUAGAGUGUGGGAGCUGCAGCAGGAUCCUGAAGCACAAAGGACACAGUGCCAGCUGGGAAGCUGGUGAAGUAAGGGGUUCUAAUCUCAAGAGAUGCUCGGUGGUUAGCACCCAAGGAUAUGAACUUGGACAUUCUUGCCCCUGGACCUUGACUCAAAGCUGACAAAUGUCUGUCCACAUUCUACCUCCACCUACCUUUGUAGUUCUGCAGCUGGUCUGGGGUGCUGUGGUCUGUGAGUCAUUCCUUUUUCCCUUUCCCCAGAGAGGAGCUGACCAAGUAAUUUGUGAGGUGGGACCCUGUUUGAAGACAUGUUGGGGGUAUGGCUCCUCCCUGAAGAGACGAUGAUCUCUUGCUAUCAGGGACCAUGGGACUCUGGAUGUCAAGUGCCUGCACCGAGCGUGCACAAUAAAGGGAUUUCCUUCUUGCUCUUGUGUGGAAGGCUCCAGGUCUCGUU